ACACACACACACACACUACAACACUUUUCAAGCUUUGGGUCUCGUAGAAACUUCCUGGUUUUUGCAUUACAAAGGUGAUGAGAGAGACCAUCAUACAAAUGAUAUUUGAGUGUUUGAAAAGGUAACCGAUUGCUAACGGUCAAAAAAAGACCCGCCAAAGCAUGACUUCAGAGAUCAAUGGCACAACUUAUCUCUUACACUUGCUUUGCAAGACUCCUUUUCUUCCAUCCAUUCAAGACUCUACCGAUCUGUACAAUCGCCACAGUUACACAAAACACCAGAAAAACCUUUUCCCAUAUAUUCCAAGAAUGCUCAGAUCGAAGAGCAUUGAAUCCGGGCAAACAAGCACAUUCCCGCAUGAUUGUAUCUGGGUUUGAACCCACCAUCUUCGUUACCAACUGUUUAAUGCAGUUGUAUAUAAAAUGUUACUGUGUAGAGUAUGCUCGUAGGGUGUUCGACCAAAUGCCUAAACGAGAUACGGUUUCUUGGAAUGCCAUGAUAUUCGGCUAUGCUGGUUCUGGAAAUAUGCAUGUUGCUCAAUCCAUAUUUGACUCGAUGCCGGAGAGGGACAUGGUCUCAUGGAAUUCCAUAAUUUCAGGGUACGUGCAGAAUGGUAACUAUCAAAUAUCAAUUGAUAUUUUCUUGCAAAUGGGGAGAGCUGGUAUAGUGUCAGACCGCACAACUUUUGCUGUUCUAUUAAAAGCAUGUUCGGGUUUAGAGAACUACAAUGUGGGGAUUCAGGUUCAUGGGCUUGCAAUCCAUAUGGGUUUUGAUCAUGAUGUAGUAACUGGAAGCGCAAUAGUAGAUAUGUACGCUAAAUGUAAAAUGUUAGACGAGUCAUUACGGUUUUUCCAUGAGAUGCCUGAAAGAAAUUGCGUUUCUUGGAGUGCUGUAAUUGCAGGUUGUGUCCAAAAUGAGGAGCCUGUGUGUGGUUUAGAACUAUUCAAGGAGAUGCAAAAAGAGGGAGUUGGGGUAAGUCAAUCUACUUAUGCUAGUGUUUUUAGGUCCUGUGCAGGCUUAUCUGCAGCAAGUUUGGGGUGUCAAUUGCAUGCUCAUGCACUGAAGGCUGAUUUUGGAUCUGAUAUCAUUGUAGGAACUGCAACUCUGGAUAUGUAUGCAAAAUGUGGCAGUUUACUUGAUGCUAGAAAGCUAUUUAACUCAUUGCCAAAUCACAAUCUGCAAUCUUACAAUGCCAUAAUUGUUGGUUAUGCUCGAAGUGAUCAGGGCUUUGAAGCUUUCCUUAUAUUUCGGCUUUUGUUGAAGUCUGGUCUUGGGUUUGAUGAGAUUAGCCUAUCUGGUGCACUUAGUGCUUGUGCAGUGAUCAAAGGGCAUUUAGAGGGGAGACAAGUACAUGGUAUAGCAAUAAAGAGUACUUUUUGGUCCAAUGUUUGUGUGGCAAAUGCCAUUUUAGACUUGUAUGGAAAAUGUGGAGGUUUGAUGGAGGCUCAUUUUGUGUUUGAUGAGAUGGAAAGAAGAGAUGCUGUCUCUUGGAAUUCAAUUAUUGCAGCUUAUGGGCAGAAUGGAAUUGAAGAGGAAACACUGUCACUUUUUGUUUCGAUGCUCCAGUUGAGAAUGGAACCUGAUGAAUUCACUUAUGGUAGUGUUUUAAAAGCUUGUGCAGGUCGGGUGGCUCUGAACUGUGGCAUGGAGGUCCAUAACAGAAUAAUUAAAUCAGGGAUGGGGUUUGACUUGUUCGUUGGAAGUGCUAUUGUGGAUAUGUACUGCAAGUGUUCAAAGGUGGAAGAGGCAGAGAAGCUCCAUAACAGAAUGGAGGAACAAACAAUGGUUUCCUGGAAUGCAAUGAUUUCUGGUUUCUCAUUGAAUGAACAGAGUGAAGAAGCUCAGAAAUUCUUUUCUCGGAUGUUAGAAAUGGGAGUUAAGCCUGAUAAUUUCACUUAUGCGACAGUUCUUGAUACUUGUGCUAAUCUGGCUACUAUUGGCCUUGGGAAGCAAAUACAUGUGCAAAUUAUCAAGCAUGAAUUGCAAUCAGAUGUGUUCAUAUCCAGCACACUUGUUGACAUGUAUUCGAAGUGUGGGAACAUGCAAGACUCUAGGCUGAUGUUUGAAAAGGCACCAAAGCGGGAUUUUGUUACAUGGAAUGCCAUGAUCUGUGGCUAUGCUCAGCAUGGUCAUGGAGAAGAGGCGCUUAAGAUUUUUGAGGAUAUGCAACUUGAGGGUGUGAAACCAAACCAUGCAACUUUUGUUGCAAUCCUCCGAGCUUGUGCACAUAUAGGGCUUGUUGAGAAAGGGUUGCAUUACUUUCAUGCAAUGUUAAGUAACCACGGAUUAGAUCCUCAGUUGGAGCAUUAUGCUUGUAUGGUGGAUAUAUUAGGAAGGUCAGGCCAAGUUAAUGAUGCUUUGAAGUUUAUUCUCAAGAUGCCUUUUCAGGCCGAUGAUGUUAUUUGGAGAACUCUACUCAGUAUUUGCAAGAUGCAUGGGAAUGUAGCGGUGGCAGAAGAAGCAGCAAGUUCUCUUUUGCAAUUGGACCCUCAAGACUCUUCUGCUUACAUUCUUCUAUCAAAUAUUUAUGCUAAUGCCGGAAUGUGGGAUGAGGUUUCGAAAAUGAGGAAAAUGAUGAAGUCUAGUGGGCUCAAGAAGGAGCCAGGUUGCAGCUGGAUUGAGGUAAAGAGCGAAUUACACAUGUUUCUUAUUGGUGACAAAGCUCAUCCGAGAUGCAAAGAGGUCUAUGAGAAUCUGGAUCUGCUAAUAGCUGAGAUGAAAUGGGCUGGUUAUGUGCCUGAUACUGAUUUUGUGCUUAAAGAUGAGGACAUAGAACAUGAGCAGCUAGAAGAGCUAAUAUCGUGCUUGUAAAAUCUGUAGUUUAAUUAAUAUCCAAACUCAUUUGACCGCAAUGAAUAAUUUGGAAUUUGGAUUUAGCUGCAAUGCCGACAUGAACUGGAAGCAGAGGCACUUCAACUUUUUACUGUUGUGGGAUAAAAACAUCUGGAUGCAACAUACAGUUAUGGGUGCUUUGACUGUUUGGCCAAAGAGAAAGAAAGCAAAAGAGCUGAUACGUCAAUCUUUGAUAGUGUUGGAUGGCAAAUGGUAGAUUUUUCUGAGACGGUGAUUGUAUCACAUCUUACCAAAUUUGACAGGGUUUAUGAAUUCAAGUUAAUCAUACUUGGAAUAUCACUUUAUCAAGCAGCUCCUCUGUCAAAAUGAUGAAGAGAGUCAAAUUGGAGGUGGGGUUGGGAUCGUGUGCAGAUUUGUCAAAAGCAAGAGUGUGGAAAUUUAUAUAUGUUUCAACUUGACGAUUACCGUUAACUCCCAACAUACAACAUAUUCUCCGAGGCAAUUUAAAGGGAAACUGCCACAAUUGCCGUUGCAGCAACGAUCUCCAAUCCUAUUCCUUUUUUCAGCAACAACCCAACUGUCAGGUUCACUCCAAUGCUGUAUACACUUCAUGAAUGAUGAAUAUUUAAAGUUCUCUUUUUCUUCUUUCA